AUGGUUGGGGUUCACCCCCUGGAAGCAGUGUACGCAUGCAUUUACUCGGCCAUUUGGUAUGCGGCUUCACAUUGCGACCUUAUCCCGGGCUGGUUUCGAACAGUCGUACACUGCUGGAUACUCCUAGAGCUGCUGUUCCUGGUGUAUGGAAAAGUCAGGCAUGCGAGGCUGGGCAGGCCAUGGCCGCUCACCAUUGACCCUGACCACCUGGAGAGGACGCUGGAGCGGUUCCUGACCCUGGCGGACGUGUUUCCAUUUGAGGAGUAUCUGACGGGGUGGUUCUUCGGCGCCCCCCUGGAGUCCAUCUGCCGGGAGAACGUGCUGGACUAUGUCCUGUACGGCUUGAUGUACAAGACCAAGGAGAGCACUUCGCCCGAGGAGCUGGCGCGCGUGGACGCCUUCCUGUCCAAGGUGGAGUCUCGGUGGGGGGUGAGGCUGACGCCCGGCCACAACCCCGCGCUGCGCUACAUGCGGCACUCCUGGGAGCCACUGCGUGUCUACCCCAAGCCCCUGCUGGUCUACCUGGUGGUGGAGGCGCUGGGCCGCGGCGCGCACGGCCUGCUGCGCUGGCAGGGCUUCCACCAGUCGACCGAGGCGGGCCUGAGCGCGGCGCAACUGCCCAUCGUCUUCCUGCACGGCGUGGGGUUUGGGGUGUUGCCCUACCUCCACUUCCUCCGCGCCAUUGUCAAGUCCCACCCGGGACACCCGCUGCUGCUGGUCGAGGUGCCCCACGUCUCCCUACGCCUCUGCUGGCAGGCCGCGGAGGUGGACGAGGUGGCGCGUGCGCUGGCAGCCGCGCUGGAGCGCCACGGGUUCAGUCGCGCCGUGGUCAUGGGCCACUCCUACGGCACCUUUAUGGUACACUCCCUUGUCAUCAUGGACCCCGUGUGCAUGCUGGUGUGCUACCCCCAGCUCCUGCACAACUUCAUCUACCGCCGCCCCUCGCGGGAGAACUUCACCUCUGUGUCGGGGUCGCUGGACCUCAUCCGCUUCUUCUGCAGCCGGGACCUCACCAUCUCCCAGGCCUUCUGCCGCAAGUUCAACUGGGCAGAGCUCAUGCUGUGGCCCGACGACAUCCCCGAGCGCUGCUUGGUGGUGGUUUCUGGGCUGGACGACCUCGUGCCCUCUGCCCUGGUGGUGAGGCAGCUGCAGGCGGCCAAGCAUCCCGCCAAGAUCAUGCACCACCCGCUGCUGGGCCACGGCGGCAUCCUGCUGCUCAACAAUUGGCAGCGCCAGGUCAUCGCCAGCAUGGGCCAGUUCCUUAAAGAGGUCUGA